AACAAUAAUGUCGAGUAUUUGCAUAACAAUAGAUAUCCCAUCAUGCACCACCCUGCAUAUAUUAACCCACGCGCUCUCUUUUGUGCCACUAUCAUCUACGACGCCGUCAAGGGUAGAGCGAAUUUUUUGAUCAAAAGACUGGCUUCGCGACGCGUCAUGGCUAACAAUGAAGAUAGGCAGCGCCCAGCACCGGCCGGUGUUCCGGUCCCAGCUCCAGCAGACCCACCGGAACCUCAAGGUCAAAAUGCAGAAGAGAAUGCUCCAGUUGCAGAACAGCCCUUAGAGAAUGCGCAACAGACACUUGAGCAGAGAAUAAAACAGCUCGAAGAUCUCGGAAAAGCUAACUCAGUGGCUUUAGCACUUCAAACCCUGCGUAGGACGUUGGAUCGAUCCAAAUUUGAUGUGGAGGACGCGAUUGCGGACCUUGAAGCCCUUGUUAGGCAAGCAAAAACCACGGAAGACCCCAAGGCUAGAGAAUAUGAAUGUAUCCUUGACGAGGUUCACAAGCACGCGAAGACGUUGCCGCGCCAUGCACUCAAGGACCUGUUUGUCGCCCUGGUGGGAGACCCAGUAAAAAGCAAAGUGCUAGCAAAAUMCACAAAAGUUCUAAAAGGCCUAAAGUCCUACAGUGAAAAACCUGUGCCUCUGAUGGGGUCGCUUCAAUAUCAGCCGUACAGCUCCUUUCAGCGAUCCAGUCAGCCACGCCGCGAUUUCUCUCCAUAUCGUAGGCCAGGGCAGCGACAAAAUAUGAGGCGACUUACGUGCUUCUACUGUGAUUCCAAUCAGCAUCUUAUCAGAGAUUGUCCCGUAAAGAGAAAAAUGUGA